AUGGCUGACAUGGAAGUUGACCCUCCCGCCCCGGCGCCCGCGAAGAAGGACGAUGACAAGAAGAAACGAUUUGAAGUCAAGAAAUGGAACGCCGUGGCGCUCUGGGCCUGGGACAUUGUUGUCGAUAACUGUGCCAUUUGCCGGAACCAUAUCAUGGACUUGUGCAUCGAUUGUCAGGCCAACCAGGUCUCUGCCACCAGUGAAGAGUGUAAUGCUGCAUGGGGUAUCUGUAAUCACGCAUUCCACUUCCACUGCAUCUCUCGCUGGCUCAAGACGCGUAACGUCUGCCCUCUGGACAAUCGCGAGUGGGAACUCCAGAAGUACGGUCGUUGA